CUGUCAGACUGCUCAAGUUCGUUGCCCAUUUUGUUUACAUCUGCGAGACACGUAGCAUCAAACGCAGGAAAGCUGACCGGACACAGUCAUGAUUCACUUUCAUAUGGACUCUUUAUCACAGGAAUUCAGAAUCAAACGAUUUACUUCAUAAGCAUAGAGUUCAUUAAGCUAGUGGGUGUCAAAAUGACAAAUUCACAGGGAUCAUCAUUUGCAUAUCUUAAUAGAAGAUGCUUAAGAUGUUCCCUUAAAUUCUCAGUAGUCUUCUCUAUACUUUAGAUGAGCUCUUACAUAAGCCGUAGCAGUGAAGUUCUGGUCUCUCCUUAUCUUGAUUGGCUGGGAAGGGCCAGAAGUGAAGCAGGACUGAGUGAAGCAGCGCAGACGCUCUCAUUCGGAGAUUAGACAACAGAAGAGGCUCCCGCUCUCAUCCAGACCAGAGCAGCCGCGUCAAAAGACCAACAGGAAAUCCAGUGUGAGGACAGGAAACGCUAUGAUUGAGAGGAUCUGCAGUGGUCUGAGGGACACGGUGUGACGAGCUGGAGCUCUGUUCAUGGACAGGUGAAUAUCGAGCCGUGUUCAUGCUGCUCGCGGAGAGAAGAGCUGCUCUCAGAGUUCAGCUCUGGAUUCUUAUUGUGCUUCUCUACGGCGGUCAGGUCACAGGCUCCAUGCUGGAUGAUCUGAUCUAUAAACGUGGUGAAUAUCAAGAGAACUGCACACGGUUCCUGAAAGCCACUUUUCCUACUGGAACUGGAAUUUUCUGCAAUGGAGCAUUUGAUUUUUUUGCGUGUUGGCCACAUUCAUCUCCUGGGAUCGUGUCUGUACCCUGCCCUCCUUAUUUACCUUGGAUCAACGAAGGUGCUACUGGAAACGUGUACAAGGAAUGCACGGUCAACGGGACUUGGAAAACCGAGGAGAAUUCCAGCACCAUAUGGAGAAAUCAGUCAGAAUGUGAAAACGAUUCUUUUUUCAAGUCCAAGGAAGAAGAAGUGUUUCGGCAGUCUGUGUUGAGAGUCUUGUCCAUUGUAGGAUACUCGCUGUCAUUUUCCUCUCUUUGCUUGGCUGUUCUGAUCAUGAGUCUUCUGAGGAAGCUUCACUGUACGAGGAACUACAUCCACAUGAAUCUCUUUGUAUCAUUCAUAUUUAGAGCCAUAGCAGUAAUUAUCAAAGAGGUUAUAUUACAAGUCGUGUAUAAAAACAUGCCCAGGGAUGAGAUCGGUUGGAGCAGCUACACAAAUUCUACGAUUUCAUUCGUCUGCAAGGCUUCAAAGGUGUCGCUGGAAUAUUUUGUUGGGUGUAAUUACUUCUGGCUGUUAGUGGAGGCGAUAUUUCUGCACAUGCUGCUGUUCACUGCAGUUCUGACCAGGAAAAGACUUCUUAAGAAAUAUAUGGUUAUAGGAUGGGGAACUCCAUUACUGUUUGUGAUUCCCUGGACUGUUGCCAAAACUUUGUAUGAAAAUAAAAGCUGUUGGUUAAAUAACAUCAGUUGGAUCUGGUGGAUAAUUAGAGGCCCAUUAACUUUAUCAGUGAUUGUCAUAUUUUGCAUUUUUCUGAAAAUCAUCAGACUUCUGCGUUCUAAGUUAAAGGCUGACCAGGUGAAGUUCACUGACUACAGAUACAGUUUAGCCAGAGCAACGCUUGUUUUGAUUCCUCUGCUCGGGGUCCAUGAAAUCGUCUUUACAUUAAUUAUAGAUGAAUCAGUUGAGGGAAACAUCCGCUAUGCUCGAAACUUCAUCAAUCUGUUCCUGAGCUCUUUCCAGGGAUUUUUAGUUGCAGUGCUGUACUGCUUUGCAAAUGGAGAGGUCCAGGCUGAGCUGAAGAAGAAGUGGCAGCUGUUCAUGUCCUCCAAUCACUUUGAGGCGCACAACUGCUUUGCAGAUAUUCACCCCAAACACCUGUGGAAGUGCUCACAAAAGAGACCCAGACAAACCACAGAACAGAGCGGAUCCAAUGAGGAGGGAAGCCACGCCCCCACACAGGGACAUCCGCUGCAGGUGACCGUCCAAUCAGCAGAGGAUUUGCAGUGUGGGCGGAGCUUCGGCCUGGAGUUUUACACGAGGAAGAGCCUCUCCAGCAGCGAUGGGGAAAUGACUUUAGGAGAGACAAUGGAGGAGAUCAUAGAGGAGAGUGAGUUUUAACGUCUGUCAUCGGCCCCAGUUUCACAAUGGUUUUUCUAUAAAUAUGUAAAUAAGGAAAUAUAUAUUAACCACUGUAAAUGGCUUCAAUGAUGUUUUUGAUACCUGAUUUUUGUAUGUGUAUACACAGUAAGGCAAAGUGUUUGGAUGGAGCUCCACAAUCUGAGCUUCGAAAUUCUCAACAAAUUACUUUUGUUGGUCAAAUUAAACAUUCAAACAUUAGUUUAUUAAACAACAAGAUUAGAGGAAACAUAUAAGGACUGUGACUGAAAACAGCCCAUGAAUAAUGAUGCUCUAAUACAACACACAUUACCUGCUUCAUCAUCUUGAUCAUUGGAUUUCGACUGGUUACGAUUCACAACACAGAUUUUACAUUGGAUAUUAAUAUAGAACCAAAACUAAUGUAUAAAGACAACAGUAAAGUCUUGAAAUUCAUUAAUGUUGCCAUAGACUGAAAAAUAUCUUAAAGUGGUAAUAUUAUCAUAUUUAUUUUCCUAACUAUGCUAGAUACAGUAAAAUUGUUAAAUUGUUGCAUUUAGAUUUGCAUUUUUUAAUGCAUUUUUUUUUUCAAAAUGCAACAGUUGAGAGCCACUUUUUAACAUUGCAAAGGCAGUGCAAUUAAAUUAACAACAUCUUAAUUUUUAUGCAUGCACUGUAUACUAUAAUUAGUACCAGUAGAAGACUAAAAUGAAACGGUUUGCAUGACUGUUCCAUAUUGCGUUUUAUUCAUGAGCAAAUGAGUGGGAAGCAAAAUUGUGUAUUACUUACAUAAUUUGCAUGUGGUUUCACAGCACAUGGUCGGUGAUAAUUGUGAAUGAACCCUCUUUUUAUGCCAGUGAUCUGAUUGUAUCUUUGUAUUUCACUGUAACUAAAUGUCAAGAUAUGUAGCUUUUAACUGUC